AUGUCAAAUAUCGAUCUACCUAACGAUGGCCUCAUCGCCGUCGACUACGAUUCUAGAGGUUAUCUCCAGCAAACAUGGUCCGUGCCGGUAGACCAGAACCCCCCGCGGGCUGACGAAGGCCAUGAUCUCUCGCGCCUUCAAACCAGCGGUCACACCCUGGAACAGUCGGUGGCCCAAGACCACAACCUGAUGGUGGACUGGCAAUUUCAACAACUACACCACAGCCCACACCAGCACCACCCUCUGCCCUAUUCGCCCGAGGACCCUUCAUCCGCGCCCCAGUUUACCUCGAGCUAUGCCAUGGCCAUCCAAUCUUCCCCGGUGGAUCUGAUGUCUGCCCCCCAGGGCCAAAUGAGCGCCGGUCUGCUCGACGGUCCCUAUCUGCCUAUGUCGGGCUCCGUCGGCGAUAUGGUGCCUUUCACAUAUCACGACUUCCAGGCUGAUCUGAUGGCUUUCCCGAACGGUCUUCCGGAUGUCUACCACUCGGCCCCGCACCCUGUGUUGGAGAGCAGUUCGCCUACGGAUACCUAUCUCGAGGUCCGUUCCCUUUCUAGUAGCGACAAUGGCUGGAGCACGGUCGACCACCGUCGCUCUCUCGACUUUGGUUUCCCCGAGCAAGGUGUCUUCGUCAACCCCACUCAGACACUCCACGACCGCAGUCUUUCAGAGUCUUCUUACUCGACUUCCUACGGCAGCUUCGUUGAUAUCGCCAACCCGAUCAGUUCUCCCAGCUCUGAAACGCAUAUUGACUUGCCGUACAACCACCAUCACUAUCACCACCAACACAAUACCUCUUUGAGCCUGGCCGGUACUUCUCCCAUUAGCACCGCUAUGAUUCCCCGCACCAAUGAUGAGCACUCCUCUCCCGGCUCCCGCUCUCCGUCUGCUGUCAGCCCCAGUGCCAUGGUUCGCCCGAUCCCAGUGCCCAUCAAGAAGUCAACCUCUCCCACUCGCUCAUCCGGAUCUCACUCCUCUGCUUCUCCCCCAAGCCGGAAACCGUCUCGGAAGAGCCCAAUCGCCGCCAAGACCGCGGAGACCAAGGUUCGCAAGCAGUCUCAGACCGGCAAACCCGAGACCGAGAAGCGAGUCGGCAAGCGCAAGGGUCCCCUCAAGCCCGACCAGCGCAAGCAGGCCAGUGAGAUCCGGAAGCUGCGUGCAUGCUUACGAUGCAAGUUCCUCAAGAAGACCUGCGACAAGGGCGAGCCCUGUGCUGGCUGCCAGCCGUCACACGCUCGGUUAUGGCAGGUGCCUUGCACUCGCAUUGACAUCAAAGAGAUUGGGUAUUUCAUGAAGGACUGGAAGGCCGACUACGAGCGCCAUAUCUCCAUGGGCUUCUCCGUGGGCAACAUCAAAGGCUUUUCGGACCAAGAGCGCACACUCUUCAUCACGCACGGUUACGGCCAGAUGCUGCCGAUCAACGCUCGCGAGGUCUAUGUCCGCGACGAGCAGUGCUUCACCGUCGACUGGGUCGAGACGAUACACCGCGAGCCAACGCCGUACGAGGUCGAGACUGCCAAACUGUCUGCUGGUAUGGAGGGCAUUUCGCACGCUAUGUUGUCCGACUACCUGGACCGUCAUAUCGACGGCAACGGGACUUUUGAGAAGUUUGUCGACGAUUACUUUGAGGGCACUCCGUUCCUGACGCAGAUGCUCAAGACUGCCUUCCGUUAUUACUACCGCACCAAGCUGCCCGUUAUUCGGAAGGCGCUGAAGUUGAUUAUUGCCUACAAUCUGACCCAGCACGUUACCAUGGUCGAGGGACUCGGUGACGAGGACGGGUUCCUUGGUCAGAUUCAGGAGCCGAGCUCUAAGUUCCGUGGCAAGACCGUGGCCCCCGUGAUGAUUAACUUCCAGAUCAAGUGUGCUAUGGCGAGCAUGUGGCGCGAGCUUCAGAAGGAUGUUCUGGAGGAACUUUCCGCUCUGUACUCCAGCGUGUAUAGUGGUGACAAGCUUAAGAACUGGCCUACUAUCUUCAUCCUGGCUUCCAUCUUGUUGGCUGUGUGGGAGGAGAUGCAGUUCGACUCCGCAUACCGCACACCGGACCAGUCGGCUGUCGACAAGUUCUGCACCGACAUGGAGACCACUCCCGUCGGUGUCAUUGUCGGACUGUUCCAGGCCAUUUCGCAGAAGCUGCCUCCCUUCACCGAGUGGGACUCGCAGAAGCACCACCAGCUGCUGUACUCCAACCCUGACGUAUGUAAUACAAUGACCGAAGUCCGCCAGCAUGUUGAGCAACACGAGAACUACCUCCGCGGCCGCUCAAAUUCGAAAUUCAACCGCAAUGACUUCGACUGCCUCUCCAACAAAUUUGUCUCCCGACUUGUGAUUCGCGCCAACUAG